AUGUUUGACUCUGUAAUUGAAAAUGCUUCCCACACAGAAUUCAUACUAAAUGGUUUUCAUAGCUUUGGUGAAUGGAAGUCCUUACUUUUUAUUCCUUUUUCUCUAAUAUUCUUGUUGUCAUUUUUUGCGAACUCUCUUGUUAUACACAUAAUAAUAUCGAGAAGAUCUCUUCAUUCUCCGAUGUGUAUUUUGAUAGGCCUAUUGGCUGUCCAUGAUUUGUUUGUACCAAUAGUUUUUGUUCCUCGUAUGCUGCUCAGCUUUUUAUUUGACUGGAAUGUUAUCUCACUUCAAGAAUGUUUGACUCAAAUGUUUUUCGUUCACUUCUUUGGAACAUUUCAUUCAACAAUUUUGUUAUGGAUGGCCCUGGAUCGCUAUUAUGCAAUAUGCACACCUUUACAUUACAAUGAACAUAUGGCCUAUCCAAAUAUCUUGAAAUUUGUUUUGGUUCCUACUGUGAGGAACAGCGUCUUGAUUCUUGUGAUGGUAACUCUUGCCAGCUCAUUGUCCUUCUGUCACAACAAUGUGAUGGAUCACUGCUUUUGCGAACACAUGGCAUUAGUUCAACUGGCAUGUGGAGACAUUUCCAUCAACAACCUUUUUGGACUCAUGGCUGUCUUGCUUAUACCGACAGCUGAUUUUGUGUUUACAACUGCAUCUUAUAUCGUCAUUUUUGCUACUGUUUUCAAGUAUGGACAAAAUCAUCUUAAAGCCAUUAACACCUGCAUCACACACAUAAUUGUCAUUACGUGUAGUUUAAUGUUUUUUCUGAUAGCUUCUUUGUCAUACCGCAUAAAAAAUAACUUCACGCCUAGUAGCCGUGUCUUUUUCAGUGCAAUGUAUUUACUUAUCCCAAGUUGUUUCAACCCAAUAAUUUAUGCAGUAAGAACAAAAGAAAUUAGGCAACAACUAGUGCAAUUUCUGACCCUUGUAAAAAUUAAACCCCUCAGAUAUUGA